UGACGUACCCGUAGAUAGUUUUCAAAACAGUGCUGCGCUGCACAGCUACCUUUCGGCGCAGGGUGCACUUCUCCUGUUAUCCAUAUGAGGUGAAGUCGGCUUGCGCUCUGAAGAUAUGGAGGACGAUUCAAAACCACUACUGGGGUCCAUGCGAGGAAGGGAACCUUCCAUAGAUUCACUGGAGCCAAGAGGAAGAAGGCCCUUUCAUGUAGAGCCCAAGAAUAUCGUUGAUGAUGGCACAGAGCGAGUGUCUUCAGAGGCUUCUAUCUUGAGCAGUAGAAUACAUUACUACGGGCGUCUAACCGGAUCGUCUGACCGAUUACUGGCUCCUCCAGACCAUGUGAUCCCACCUCCUGAGGAUAUCUACGUUUACAGCCCGCUGGGGACUGCAUUCAAAGUACAGGGAAAAGAUGGCGCCUCCAAAAAUCCCAGCAUUGUCACCAUUUUUGCCAUUUGGAACACAAUGAUGGGAACGUCGAUACUUAGCAUACCAUGGGGAAUUAAGCAGGCGGGAUUCACACUUGGGAUUAUCAUUCUAAUCGCUAUGGGGUUCCUCACCUUAUAUUGCUGUUACAGGGUGCUAAAGUCAACCAAAUCUAUACCUUACAUGGACACUUCGGACUGGGAGUUUCCAGAUGUAUGUAGAUAUUAUUUUGGGUCAUUUGGGAAGUGGUUGAGCCUCAUCUUCUCAAUGGUGUCCUUAAUUGGUGCGAUGGUGGUCUAUUGGGUGCUCAUGUCUAACUUCCUGUUCAACACGGGCAAAUUCAUCUACAACUAUGUCCAUCAUGUUAACAUGUCAGAUCAUGAAUUUGGUACAAAUGGAUCUGAAAGAGUCAUAUGUCCAUUCCCUGAUACUGAUCAUGGCGGCAAUGCCACUGUCCAGCUGCACGGAAGUGGGAACAGCUCCACGGCUGUGUUUGACCAGUGGUGGAGCAAAACCAACACCAUCCCCCUCUACCUCAUCUUGCUGCUCUUCCCCCUCCUCAACUUCCGCUCGGCCUCUUUCUUCGCCAGGUUCACCUUCCUGGGUACCAUAUCUGUGGUUUAUCUUAUCGGCCUGGUGACUCUAAAAGCUAUUCGGCUGGGUUUUCACCUGGAAUUCCACUGGUUUGAACCCUCUAAGGGUUUUGUUCCAGAGUUCAGAGUGCUGUUCCCACAGCUGACUGGGAUUCUCACACUGGCCUUCUUCAUUCACAACUGCAUCAUCACUCUCAUGAAGAGCAACAAGCACCAGCAGAAUAAUGUGCGGGACCUGUCUGUGGCCUAUCUACUGGUGGGCCUGACUUACCUCUACGUGGGAAUCCUGAUCUUUGCGUCUUUUCCUUCACCAGAACUGUCCAAAGAUUGCAUUGAACCAAACUUCCUGGACAAUUUCCCCAGCAGCGAUGUGUGGGUGUUUGUGGCUCGCAGCUUCCUGUUGUUUCAGAUGACCACUGUCUACCCGAUGCUCGGCUACCUGGUCCGUGUGCAGGUCAUGAGCCAAGUCUUUGGCAGUAACUACCCAGGUGUCUUCCAUGUCUUCGUGCUCAAUGUCGUCAUUGUUGGGUCUGGUGUCCUGAUGGCCAAGUUUUACCCCAACAUCGGCUCAAUUAUAAGGUUCUCCGGGGCGAUGUGUGGUCUGGCCUUGGUGUUUGUCCUUCCCUCGCUCGUCCACAUGAUCGCGCUGAAGCGGCGGGGGGAGCUGCGCUGGCCCUCGGCCCUCUUCCACAGUUUCCUCAUCGUCCUGGGUGUGGCCAAUCUGGUGGGCCAGUUCUUCAUGUAGCCUUGCCCCAGAGCAGGCUGGGAAAUGUAGUCCUGCUGCCCUUCUGAGGCAGAACAAAUACAGUAGCUCUCCCUGGGGAAAUGUGAAACACAGAGGGGCCUCUUUGUGAAAAGCACAACAGUGGGUAUACACAUUUGUAGACUUUAUUUUAACCUUUUAUUGUUUUGGCUUCAAUAGAAGGUCAGUUUUAAGUCCAAUUGCUACCAUGCACAAUCAUGGAGUGGUUGAUUUCAAAUUGAAUAUGCAAAUGUCGAUGCAAUUUUCUGUUUAUUUUAACUUGGAGAGGAAGUAGAAAAUGGUGCGUAAGACAAUACUGAACAAAUCUAUUUUGUCAGGGAUGUCAGUGUAAACAACCUUGCCAGCUAUAAUUGUUAUAAUUGUUUUUAUUUUGUUUUAUUUUAUGUCUGAAGUGACUUUUGUAUGAGUCACACUGCAUGUGGAGCUACGUCAGUGUUUAUGGUUGUUAACAGUGUCAAUGGCUAAACGACUUCAUGACUGACAUUAGUUUUGCGUUGUUGAGCGAUAUUUGUUGAGGUGUUUCCCCAGGGAGUGCUCUUAGUUCUGACCAGUGUGUCCUUCAAUGUCUUGCAGUACUAUUACAAACAGAUCAUUGAUCGGUUGAUCGACAGUGUACACUACUAAUCAUUGUAUGUCAUGGUGUGACCACGGAAGUGUUGGUGUUCUCUUGUUGCUUGAAAGUAUUGCCUACCAUAACCUCUCAGUUAUGCAAGUCGUUGGAUGCUAUAGCUUUAACUUCCAGAGAGAUGCAUCCAACUAUUCCAACCUGAGGCUUGUAUGUGCAACUUUCCUUACUGAAUAUUGAGCAUCCACAGAAGGGGUAUUUUUGUUUUGUUUUGUUCUUUUUUUUCUGACAAUUUUCACAGCACGGUUCACCGGUGAUCUAAUAUGCAGGAGGUAAUAAGUUUUACUUUGUUUUACGUUGUAUUUAAAAUUGUGAGACAUAAGGGGUGUCAUCAGUGGUAUGUUGCUGUCAUGUUUUUUUCUGUCCUUGGUUAGAUGAGUAUUGGAACAAGUGGAAUCACCAUUAUUCAGUGUAUUCAUUCCUGUGUUGAACAGAACCAGCUCCCUUUUCAGCUCUUUUAUUUAUACAUUUGAACAUUUUGUUUUUAAUCAUAUCAGGAAUAUUUAUAUAUUUUUUACUUCUUAAUCCCUAUCUAUCUCCUCCCAUAGAGGUUAUUUCUUUCAUCUUUGAAGCCAUACAGUAAAAUAUGUUUACAGGUGCUGUUGCUGUUGUACAGUAUGUAGUUGAUUCUCAUGGGUCUUGAGUGAGUAUAUUGUCCAAAAUGUCACAAUGAAGUUCACUCAACAUCCAUCAGCAUAGGACAUUCUACAUCCAAAAAACAGACCAGACAAUUGGCUGUUCUCUGAAGUCUUCGAACAUGAGCGAAUGAAUGUAUGAAGGCAAAGAUGUCUGGUUUCUCAUGUUGUUUUGGCCUCAUCUGUACAUAACGUAGAGGAUGGAAAAAGGGACUUUGGGUUUGAUCCGGGAACGAUUCUUGGCAACCAGACCUGUAACUGUGACAACGGAAGCAGCCACAACAACUCUUGUGUUGGUUAACAUUGCUAGCGUUAUAACUGCGGCGUAACAACCCUGCUGAGGGAUUUCUGCUUGGUGAACAUGUUAAGCCAGAUUUAGUGGUUGCUUAAUUGUUUUUUUAGAUGCCUACAAAUAUUUGCUGAAGUUUCACCUUUGCUGAAGGGGUCACCUAUGAUCUUAAUUUUGCACACAAUUUUAAACUCCAAAGGUUUAAUCUGUUUUGUAAAUAUGUGUUGCUCUGCUGGCAAUAUGUUUUGUUUGUUUCUGUACUUUUAGUGACAAUAAAUUCCCAUGAUCUUCAUGGAAACUGUC